AUGUCAGUGGCCAGGAAAGGACCAGAUACACAGACCAUCAACCAGCCAACGAUUAGGACGAAGCAAUCAACUCAUGUACAUGAUGCCACUAUCCCCUGGCAUCGCAUCGUAGUAGGCAAGCUCAGUGAGACGUACCGAUCCUACUUCAUGGAGGCUCUACGCGUGGACGAACUCGUUACAUGGCACUUCAGCUACCAGACGCACUGCGACUACUAUUAUCCGAAACAGUUGCUGUUUAUUCUCAAACACCACGACACAGAUUCUGUGCACGCAGACCACGCUAAUAGUAGUCGGCACAGUUGUCCAAGGGGAUCAUUUUCGGCACUACGUCCAAUCUCCGAGAUGAUUAACUGUAACAUCCACCAAUUACUCAAGAUUACUAAUGAACUUCGUAAGAAUGGCGUACAACUAUACAGUUCCAAACAACCACGCCAAAAUAACACUGGCCACGGGUGUGGAAGCAUAUCUACCAGUAGCCCAAAUAUAGCAACCUUGAUAUGCGAUGACACAGCUAGAUACAUCACACUUUACAGAAGUACGGGUGAUUCGGCAAUGGAUUUCUGUGAAGUUCAAGUAUUUGUCUGUGAUGCAGGCACUUUUGGUUAUGACUGCAGCAAAUUUUGUCAUUGUCGAGAUGCACCGUGUAACUAUGUAACUGGAGAAUGUACAGGAGGAUGUAAACCAGACUGGACUGGACGCACGUGCAGUGUAUGUGACUCUGAUCAUUAUGGAACACUGUGUGAAAAGUCUUGCUCCAGCAGACACUGUGACGAAUCACGAAAUAAUUCAUCAUGUAACAAAAUGACUGGACGAUGUGAUGAUGAAUGCAUUCCAGGAUGGAUGGAUCAGGACUGUACAAAGAAAUGUUCAGAAUCUAAAUAUGGUCAGGGCUGUGCCAAUUUCUGCAGUCAGCGAAAAUGUCUUGGAAACUCGUCUUGUCAUCACGUGGAUGGGAAGUGUGAUCAUGGUUGUGAUCGAGGAUAUCAGUCAGAAGAUUGUACUAAGGUGUGUCCCUCUGACAAAUACGGAUUCAACUGUAUCAUGUUUUGCGAGAAGAGAAACUGUUAUGGAAAUUCGGUGUGUGACAGUCUUAAUGGGGCAUGCGUCAAUGGUUGCUUAAAAGGCUGGGAUUUACCAGACUGUGUCACUGAAUGCCACAACAAUACUUUUGGACCUAGCUGCAUGUUUAAAUGUAGUGAACGACUCUGCAAGGGAGACAACUCAACAUGUGAUAUUCAAGAUGGUGUUUGUCAAUAUGGUUGUCAGACAGGCUGGAAGAAUGCAAAUUGUACUGAAAAAUGUGACAGUGGUUCGUAUGGUCCAGACUGUGCAUUUGACUGUAACAAGAGACACUGUCAGACUAAAUCAGCCAACUGUAAUCAUGUUAACGGAUCAUGCGGAGGGGAAUGUGAGAAUAACUACAAAGGCAUCGACUGUGCAGGGUGUGAUGGGAAAUAUGGCCCGGAAUGCAGUUUGUCAUGUAGUGACAGACACUGUAAAAAUGAUAAUGCACCAUGUGAUCACGUGACUGGUUCAUGUGAUGGACCAUGUGAUGCUGGAUAUCAAGGGGAUGCUUGCGCUGGCAAAUGUGCUAUUGCGUACAUACGGUUGAUAACUGGACCAUGUCAUGUGCUACUAUAA